GGGCCUAAAUUAUUAAUGUCCUGCAAAGCUGCUAAAAAUCUCCCUUGGUGUCUUUCUGGUCCACAGGAUGAGUCGAAGCCACCAUAUUCCUACGCCCAGCUCAUUGUUCAAGCUAUCUCGUCAGCUCAGGACAAGCAACUAACACUAAGUGGCAUCUAUGCUCACAUUACGAAGCAUUAUCCGUAUUACAGGACAGCUGAUAAAGGUUGGCAGAAUUCCAUCCGGCACAACCUGUCCUUGAACCGAUACUUUAUUAAAGUCCCCCGUUCUCAGGAAGAGCCGGGAAAGGGCUCUUUUUGGCGGAUAGACCCUCCUUCGGAAGGCAAGCUAGUGGAGCAGGCGUUCCGAAAACGGAGGCAAAGGGGGGUGUCCUGCUUCCGUACGCCGUUUGGACCUCUUUCUUCCCGGUAAGUCCAACGUAACAGC